CGUGCACACGCCACCCUUUCGGCACUUCCCCACCCCAUCAAACAAGGCCAAAACCCCACCGCGCCGCCGGCCACGGGCCACCGAGAGGGUUUUAGCCUCCUCCGAUGCCGCCGCCUCGCCGCGCGCUUCUCACCUCCCUCCUCCGCCUCCGGGGUUUCUCCUCCAUCGCCUCUCACCACCCCCACCCACCCGCUCCCCCGCGGCGCCACCAAUUUGUCGCCGACCCCAACGCCUCCACAAGCCGAAGCGUCGCCGGAGCCAUCGGUGGCGGGAGCGGUAACCCCUUGGACCCGACGCAGCUCCUCCGCGACGACCCGGUCGCAAUCACCGCCUCAAUCUGGGUCUCCUCCUUCCGCGCCGCCGCCGCCUCCGCCUCCGCCUCCGCCUCUCCCGCACCGCCCCAGUCACUCACCCCCUUCCUCUCGCGCCUCGAGCUGUGGGUGCUCGCCUACCAGAAGGCGUACGCCGACGAGACCGGCUCCUACCUGCCGCGCUCCUCCAUCCCGGCCUCCACGCUCGCCUCCCUCCUCUCGCUCCGCAACGCCGUCCUCGACGCUCGAUUCCGCUUCGGCAACCGCCUCACCCCCUUCCUCCAGUCCCCGCGCGCUGCCAACGCGCCCGACCUCGCCACCCUCUCCAAGCGUAAGCUCCGCGCCCUCCUCACAACUCCCGGUCCGCCGCCUUUCCAGGACCGCGUCGUGCAGGAGCUGCUCCUGCUCCUGCUCGAGCCCGUCUACGAGGCCAGGUUCUCGCCGAAGUCCUUCGCCUUCCGCCCUGGUCGAUCCCCGCAUGCUGCUAUCCGCACCAUCCGCCGCAGCUUCGCUCCAUACCUCUGGUAUAUCAAGGGCGACCUCUCCCCACUCCUGCACUCGCCUGAUCCUGCACUUGUGGUCGGUGCUCUUAUCCGUGAUGUGUGUGAUAAGAAGGUGGUGGAUUUGAUCCGCUCGGCGCUACUCACCCCGGUGGUGACUGCAAGUGAUGAUGCCGGGGUAAAGAAGAAGAAAACGAAGAGGAAGUACCAGAAGAAGAAGGUGCUGCCGGAGGGGGAGCCGAAGCCUGACCCUUACUGGUUGCAGACAUUCUUCGGGUUUGCACCGGAGGAGGCACAGAUGCAGCCUGAUUGGGGACAUUGUGGGGUGCUGAGCCCAUUGCUUGCCAAUGUUUGCCUGGAUGAGCUUGAUAAGUGGAUGGAAGAGAAGAUUAAGGAGUUUUACAAGCCGUCCAAGUCGGAUGUUGUGGGAGGGGAUGAUGGUAUUGAGCAAGGUAAUACAUCAUGGCCGGAGUUUGUUCCCACGAGUGGUCCUGACAAGACAAGGAAGGUGGACUACAUUCGAUAUGGUGGCCAUUUCUUGAUUGGUGUGAGGGGGCCAAGAGCCGAUGCAGCGGUGCUCCGGAAGCAGCUUGUUGAAUUUUGUGAUCAGCGGUUCCGGAUCAAACUUGAUAACGAAAACCUCCCUAUUGAGCACAUCACUAAAGGGAUCAUGUUCCUAGAUCAUGUGCUGUGCCGUCGAGUUGUGUAUCCAACACUGCGUUACACAGCCACAGGUGGAAAGAUCAUAAGUGAGAAGGGGGUUGGUACACUGCUAUCGGUGACAGCUAGUUUGAAGCAGUGCAUCAAACAGUUCAGAAAGCUUGAGUUUUUGAAAGGAGACCGGGAACCAGACCCACAACCAUGCUUCCGUAUGUUCCAUGCCACACAAGCUCAUACAAAUUCUCAGAUGAAUAAGCUUUUAUUGACAAUGGCAGAGUGGUACCGCUAUGCUGAUAAUCGCAAAAAGGUUGUUAACUUCUGUUCUUAUAUUAUAAGGGGUUCUUUGGCAAAGUUAUAUGCUGCCAAGUACAAGCUGCGGUCAAGGGCAAAGGUCUAUAAGAUUGCAUCAAGGAACCUUAGUCGGCCAUUGAAGGAUAAGAAAGGACAGUCACCAGAGUAUCACAAUCUUCUGAGAAUGGGCCUUGUGGACUCAAUUGAUGGUCUUCAGUAUACAAGGAUGUCGAUGGUUCCUGAUCCUGAUUACACGCCGUUACCUAGUGGAUGGCGGCCAGACCAUGAGAAGAUUUUGCUGGAGUAUAUAAAGCUCACAGAUCAACAAACGUUGGAGGAGCAGCGAGCUUGCAUUAGAGAGGAGGGGCUUAUAACACCACAAGAUUAUAUUUCAAUGUUUGUAUGGGGCUACAAGAAAAAUGCAGUGUUACUUCCUUCUUCAAAAGAUAGUGAUGCCCAUGAAUCGACGGAAGACCUUGGUUCAGAUACUGAUGAAUUGGCUGAAAAAGAACUAGGAAAUGAGGGCUGUCAGCGUUUCCCAAAGUUUGCUGAGAUGUCAUGAGUAUUGGUGAUCUCUGUAAACUUCCCAAAAAAAUUUGACUAGAUGGUUGGUUGGUGACAUUGGAUUACACGAAACCAAUUGCUUCACGCUCAAGGAGAUGACAGCUGCAUCAGCAAGUCCAUCGAUGAUCUCUUUCCUGACUGGGGUCAUGGUGACCUAGGCAGAUGUUUGCUUCCUGCUCAGGGACACGAUAGUUGUGCAGCUGCAUCAGUCAAGCCCAUUUCUUAAUGCUGACUUGCUAAGGGCUAUGGUGAAUUCUUUCUGUUGUGCUCAAACAUGACUGAGUCUUCGACCCAGUAUAAUAUUCAUGGAACUAGUGGAGAUUACAUUUUGGUGCCAAAUCGCGUGCCACAUGCAGGGUCUCAUAUAUCAAUCAUGAUGUUUAUUAAGAUUUUACUAAGCCUAUUUAUGCAUUUUAAAAGUUACAUAGAAAAAAAAAACUGUGUACACAUUCUAUCCAAAUGUCCUGCUUGUGCAAAAUGUUGACUCUAAUCUUUUAUCAAGAAGCAGACCUUGCAAUGAAGAGGAAACAAAGCCUGAUGUUCAUAGCAUUUAUCAGCCUUAAGAUGUGUUCAGAACCCCUGAUUGCUCAUAUCUACUUGGAUCGCAUUUGGUUGUUCAGCA